GUUUCCUUUUUUCCACAAUCUUCCUGGUCCAGCUCAAUCGUACCAUUACUAUUUACUAUAAAUACUGGCCCUGAAUUAUUCUUCUUCUUCUUCUUGAAAAAUAAAAUUAAAAUUAAAAUUAUUGUUAUCGAAGUCUGCUUCUUAUUCUUUGAUCUUCGUUUUACUGGGUUCUGCCUCCUCUGCUACUACCUCACCCUCAGAUUCGAGAAUUUGAAGACAAGCGAUUGAAUAUCUUCGCGGGAAUCUGGUGAAUUUUGGUUCUGAAAUUUACAAGAGUUGCGGGAUGGUUGGAUUUUCGUUACCGUUUGGAAUUGCAUCCGUUGCUGGAUAUGAAACUUCCAGCAGAGAAUUUCAAUACCUUGCUUCGGUGUUAUCGGGCAUUGUUCUAUGCGCCAUUGUUUAUUGGUUAACUGGUGCUAUAAGCUCUCUUUGUUUCAAGUCAUAUAGAAAUUUAAGUGGAGCACAAAAACUUGAAUGGAACAACAGGGGGUUCUCCACUGUUCAUGCUAUUGUUGUAGCAUUUGCAUCAUUCUACCUCCUGGUGUUAUCAGAUUUGUUUCGUGAGGAUUCCGUUGAUGGACUAAUUAUUGAUAGAAACUCUACUUUAUCAAAUACAGUUUUGGGGGUCUCUAUCGGUUAUUUUCUUACAGACUUGGCUAUGAUUUUCUGGCUCUAUCCAGCUUUAGGUGGUUUCGAGUAUGUUAUACACCAUGGGCUAUCCAUGUUUUCAAUCAUUCUCGCCCUUUUAAGUGGUCAAGCACAGAUUUACAUACUAAUGGUUCUCUUUUCCGAAAGCACCACUCCUUUUGUGAACUUAAGAUGGUACUUGGACAUUGCUGGUCAGAAGAACUCCAGUCUUUACAUUUGCAAUGGCAUUGCUUUGUUCGUGGGGUGGUUGGUUGCAAGGGUUAUUUUAUUUAUAUACUUUUUCACCCACAUGUUUCUCCAUUUUGAAGAGGUGAAGACAGUUUUUCCAUUGGGCUUCUACAGCUUGCUCUCAGUGCCUCCUGUGUUAGGAAUCAUGAAUCUGUUUUGGUUUUGGAAAAUAUCCAAAGGUUUGGUCAAAACUCUUACUAAGACAAGGCAAGGUAGUAAGAAGACUAAGUGAUGCAACCAUACAUUCAAAGUGGGUAUUUGACUUGCCAAAUGUACAUUUAUUUGUAUGUUUUCUCUUGAGCCUUUUGUUCUUUGUUGAAGAAUAACUUCAUAUUGUAUGAAAGGUGAAUAGAACCAAAUUUUUGAUUUGCUUGAUAAAAAAUUACAUUUGAAAGUGUUUAUAAGAUUAGUGACCACUUCAUUUUUGUGAUAGCUAAUGUAUAAAAGCUUCCUUUUUGAGACCC